ACGCAUGCGUCAGUGGUGCAGCGGCUCACAAGGUGACAAAUAACCUGAUUGAAUUUCAUUACUUCAGACAUUGCCAAGCUAGGAUGGCAGCUGCCAGCCCAGCUGAGAGAGCAGUCCUGGAGGAGGAAUUCAAAUGGCUUCUGCGGGAAGAGGUUCAUGCCGUCCUUAAGCAGCUACAAGACAUUCUUAAGGAGGCCUCUCGUCGUUUUGCAAUGCCUGCUGCAGGUCUUGAGAGCCAGAUGAAACAGGAAAAUUUCAUACUUGGCAGUUCAACCACUGACCAGGUAAAGGGAGUGUUAACAUUGCAAGGGGAAGCGUUGACACAAGCUGAUAUUAACCUCAAAAUGGCCAAAAGCAACCAGGUUUUACACUUCUCAUUUCGAGAGGAUAAACAGUGGAAAAUGCAGCAGAUUCAGGACGCAAGAAACCACGUCAAUCAAGCUCUACAGUUGUUAAGCAGCAGAGACGACAGUUACCAUUUUAAAACUGGUGCUGAGGUCAAUAAGCUAAUGGAUGCAGUUAUGCUGCAGCUAACAAGAGCCCGCAAUCGUCUUACUACUCCAGCCAGCCUAACCCUGCCCGAAGUGGCCUCCAGUAGCCUAACGAGAAUGUUUACUCCCCCACUCCCUGGAGAUAUACUUGUAAAUUUUUACAUUAACCUCAGUAAACUCUGCCUCAUUGUCUAUCAGCUUCAUGUUCUACAGCCAAAUUCAAACAAGAACUUCAAACCUGGAGGGAGUUCAGUUCUGCACAAUCCUGGCACAAUGUUUGAAUUCAAUAACCUGAAAUUUGAAGUUAGCCAUGUCCAUAAAGUGGAGUGUGUAGUUCCUUGGCUAAAUGACACUCUUGUAUUCUUCACAAUUUCCCUUCAGUUAUGUCAGCAGCUGAAAGAUAAGAUUUCUGUCUUUUCCAGCUAUUGGAACUACAGACCUUACUAAUUUUUAUUUUGUGAAAUUCAGCUCACUGGUUUGUUACGUAAAGUGGCAUUUUUGUUGAUUUCCCAAUCUCUAUCACCUAUGGGCAUUUUCUGACAUUUGGAGAGGAAGCACUGCAUAUAUCGGAGAACACUACUUGGGACCAUUUGUUACCGGGAUACUUGUUUUUGGUUCAUUUUAACUUUAAAGCUGACAGAAUUUUGUUCUUGUGCUUGCUUAAAGAGUGUAUACAAUGAAAGAGAGCUUUGCCUGUUCUGUCAAACGCAGUUUAGUAUCGUUUAUAAAGCCAGACAGAGCUGUGGGACACACAUCAUAUUGUCAUUUAAAAUCUGAACUUUAUAUAAUAUGAUAAAACAUUUUGUGCCCCCACCAUCCCCCCCAUGUAUACAGUUCCAGAAAGCACAUAAAGAACAUUAAGCAUGAAUUAUUCUUUUUUUAAAUGCAUUAAUAUUUCUCUUUUAUUCAUCUGGGAACAUAUUUAGCCAGUGUUUAACUCAUGAACAAUUUAGUAUUUGAGUCUUUUGUUAUUUAUUUGGUGAAAAAUGUGAAUGCAAUAUUCCUUUUUGGAAGUUACUAGUACGUGUAAUGUAUAAUCUCUUCUUUUUGGCAUUAAAUAUUUCUCAUGAAUGUGCUUAAACAGUUUAGUGAUGACCAAAAUAAUGUGCAAUAAUAAUAAAAAAUAUGAAAUGUU